AUGGCUUCGAACCGAACGCGGCGUAUCGCAAAGGAGAUUGCGGAUAUUCGGGCGGAUACUCAUUCGCAAAUCACUGCCGAACCGGUGGAAGGAGAUGACGAUAUAACACACCUGCGUGGCUCGUUUCCGGGGCCUCCAGGCACACCGUACGAAGGUGGUACUUUUGAAGUUGAUAUCAAGAUACCUAACGACUACCCAUUUCGGCCGCCAAUCAUGAAGUUCGUGACCAAGGUCUGGCAUCCCAAUGUCAGCAGCCAAACGGGCGCUAUCUGUCUCGAUACGCUGUCAUCGGCAUGGUCGCCGGUGCUAACCAUCAAAUCCGCACUCUUAUCCCUGCAAUCCUUACUCAGCACUCCCGAGCCCAAAGAUCCGCAGGAUGCCGAGGUAGCUACCAUGCUACUGCGAAGACCGAAAGAGUUCGAGCGAGUCGCCCGGGAAUGGGCCGUCAUCCACGCAGGGGCUCCUCGAAAACACGCUGGGGAGGGUAGUGGAGGAGCAACAGACGAAACUCUCCGCCAGGAUGAACUCAGGUCCAAGGCGGAGCAAGAAAGGGAAGAUCUUUCCAAGUACGACGGAUACAACAAAGACCUGAUCGAUCGAUUCUGCAGCAUGGGCUUCGAUGUGGAUCGAGUGGUGGCGGCGUUCAAAUUUUACGGGAUUGAUCGAAUGAAUGGAGAGGACUAUGAAUUGGAUGAAGCUUAUAUGGGUGAUAUUACCGCACGGCUCCUGGGUGAGCCCUCCAUCGAAAGCAAGAUGUUCGAGGACGAUAUCUAUCGCACCUCAUCACAGUAUAAACUUUGGUCUUUCACAGAGGCCUCCUUACGGUCCUUGAGGGAGAACACGAAUGCCGUUGCGAGCCAACGAGUCCGAGCGGCGCUGCGGAGAGCGCGGGAGGCCCGACAGUCAGCCAACUCGUCGGCUGCGGGGACACCUACAGCAGGGACUAAUGUAGGUGGCAAGGGAGAGGAAGAGAAGGACAUUGACUGUUUGACACCAGAAGAAGAGAAGGAGUUAGUGAGAUUCUAUUGCGAAAAGGCCGUGGAGCUGGCGGACACAUAUAAGCCACCCUUGCCGACGACAGUGCGGGCCACUGCGAUUCAGUACAUCCGUCGAUUCUACCUCAGCAACUCGCCAAUGACCUACUCUCCCAAGACAAUCAUGCCCUGCGCCCUCUUCCUUGCUACCAAGACGGACAAUUUCUACAUGUCCCUGCGCCAAUUCGCCGAAAAGGUCCCAGGCGAAAUAACAGCAGAAGACAUCAUCGCCCCAGAAUUCCUCAUCAUGCAAAGCCUCCGCUUCACAUUCGACGUCCGCCACCCCUUUCGCGGCCUCGAGGGCGGCGUCAUGGAACUGCAAGCCAUGGCCCAAGGCCUGGGCCAGCCAGCACCUCACCUCCCUCACCAGACAUCAGAAGACCUACGCCGCGGACUCCUCGCCGUCCCCCCAUCACCAAACGCUCCCCCGUCCUCCUCAAUCACAGACCGGAUCGCCCGCGCACACACCACAACCCGCGAACUCCUCAAAACCGCCGCCCAAAUGACGGAUGCCUACUUCCUCUACACACCCUCGCAGAUCUGGCUGGCGGCCUUCAUGCUCGCCGAUCGCCCCAUGGCCGAAUACUACCUCGACACGAAACUCGGCGGGCCAACCGCCCAAACCUCCGACGCACAAGCCGGGAACCCGCUCUACGACCUCCGCGCGAAACUCCUCCGCACACUCAACGACUGCGCUGCCCUUCUGCAAUCAUACAAGUCCCUCAACUCCGACCCAGAGCAAAUGAAGAACCUCAAACGCAUCGGGAAGAAGUUCUACUACUGCCAGAACCCGGAGAAAAUCUCCCUAGCCGGGCAGAAGCGAAUCCCUGCUGCUGCUGCCGCUGCCGCAUCGACAGGCGAAGGCGCCACCUCGGAAAGUGAAGUCGAGCGGCUGGCGAAGAAGCGGAAGCUGGAGCGGGAGCAGAAGGAUCGGGUGUCGAGGGAUAUCUUUGGCGGAGAGCUGGUGGCGCAACGUGUCAAGGAGGGGCAAAUGGGCGAGUAA